AUGCAGCGCCGCAUCCGAAAUGCUGCCGACGGUGUUGAAGAACCUGACUUUCCCAUUUUACGAGGAGCAAUGAAUGCAUUUCCGCCUAUGGCUCCAGUUCGCGCCGCAAAUCCUCCGCCGCCAAGAAAUUUCCGUCGAAGUUCUGCAAGGCUUCGAGCAGAAUCACCGGACACCGCUAUUGAGUACGAUCAAAAAGAGCUGGAUGCGCUAGAACGAAUGCGAGACCUAGCUGAUCGUCAAAUGAAAGGUCUGUCAUUCAUAAACGACAUGAGAAAGGACUCGUCUUUUGUGGUGGUAUAUGAAUAG